UAAUAAUAUUAGAGAAAAAUGCAGAAAUUGCUAAAAACAAUUUUCAUUAUGACCCUUCUGGCAGUGGCUCUCGCCAUCGCAGAUAAGGUCACUGAAUUAGAGGAGAAAGACUUUGUUAAUGGAAGAGUUCUCAACAAGAAUGCCCACGUCAAAGGCAAGUGGUUCAUCAAGUUCUACGUGCCAUGGUGCCCUCACUGCCAACGUCUCGCACCUGAGUGGGAAGAAAUGGCAGGUGAAAUUGACGAAGAGGUCAACGUCGGAGCAGUAAACUGCUCCGAUCAUGACGAUCUGAGCACUUUCUAUGGUGUUUACUCUUAUCCAACUAUUUACUAUAUUGACGAUUCUCUCGGCAUGGUUAAGUAUCAGGGCAUGAGAUCUGCCGAAGACCUUUCUGAUUAUAUUAAUAACCAGGAUUACUUAAGAGAGGACUCCAGCAAGAUCAAGGACAUCGAGAAGUUCAGGGAAAUUAGUACUCUUGAGAAAUUCAAGGGCAUGUUCGGCCUAGAUUAG